AUGAACAAAAUGAACCCAACCAAAAAGGAUCUUUACAUUAUUCGAUAAUAUAUACUUAAUGAAGAUUUGGAAUAGAAUCAUCUAAAAUUACUAGGUGGGUAUAUAAAUUAUGGUUAUUUUAAAGACAAAUUUAAUGAUUAACAAUUCAUUUGUUUAAAAUAUUUAAAAGACUCUAAAAUUUAGAAAUAGGCUUUGAAAUUCAAAGAAAAUUUGAGAACAUAACAGAUAAAAAAAUAAAGAUUUCAAAAAAAAAAAUAUAAUUAAAUAGAAGAAAAUUGA